AUGACAACACCAACAAAUUACAAAGGAAAGGAACCCAUGAAUGAUUACCGGCUAAGAAGUUCAAAAUUUGGAACACCAUCUGCAGCUUCAAAGGCAACUGCAACAGUCGCAACCCCAGAUGACACAGGUGUCCAAGCCAAAAAAGUCAAGGAUAUCAUGCAAAGUGAUUUGACAGAUGAACAAUUUCAAGAAGGAAAAGAUAUGAUAAAUUCAUUUCAAGAUAUUUUCUCAAAAGGUGAUGGUGAUAAACAGGACAAACCAGAAGAAGGUUCAGAUUCUGAUACCACAUCAGAAGACGAGUCUGAUUCUGAAAACCAUUUCAUUGUCAACUCAGAUGGAUAUUUGGACAGUGAUAGAAUCAUCACUGAAGAGUCAAUUGAUCCAGAUGUUGAUGAAACACAGCUCGAAGAUAACAACAGGGAAGCUGUAAAAACUACAGAUCCGCAUGGGGACGCCCAUACUGCUACACAGGCUGAGCAGGAGGAAUCUGUACACAUAGAAAGCGCUCCAGUAGAGGAAAGUGAUGGCCAACAGGAUGAUACACCUGAGGCAGAUAUUUCACUUGAGUCAGAUGAUUCAGAUAAUGUUCCUGUCAGACGCUCAACUAGAUCUAGAAAACCACCCGCUUGGUAUACAUCAGGUGAUUAUGAUAUAUCUAAGUCAGCAGUUAGCGUUCAGAGUGAGUGGAAACAGAAGAUUGAUUGCAUUACUGAUCUGGUACAGUCUGAUCUUUUUGUGGAUAUGAAGAGUGAAGCAGCACGCACUAUUUUAGAUAUUUUGAAGACAUCUACACAUACUGAUAAAUGA